AUGUCAGAGUGUGUAAAUCUUUCCUCCACAGAGACACCAGACAGUGUGUCCAUCAGGACUGUGAAUCACACAGGACCAAUGAUGGAGGAAGAGCAGUAUGAGCUUCAGUGUGACGUUCUCGAUGUGGCUCCUGUUCAGUAUCUCACUGUCAAAUGGUACAAAGGACAGACUCUGCUGAAACAAAAUAACUUCAGUGACACCGUCAAGACUCCAGUGAAUGAAACUGUCACACUCCUGAUCCGUCCAGACAAAGCUGAUGAUGGAGCUCAGUACAGGUGUGAAGCACAGCUGGAUCUGGGAGCAGAAGGACCUCAACCUCCUCUUAAAGUCACAUCUGACCCUCUCAGUGUUGAAGUACACUAUAAACCACAACGCUCCAAUUCAACAGAGACCAUUAAAGUCAAUAAUGGUAUGCUGAAUUGUACAGUGAUGGCAAACCCGGCUCCUACGUACACAUGGGAUCAUCUGGAAGAGAAGAUCAGCUCCUCAGUUCUCCAGUCCUCAGAACUCAGUCCAGGAACCUACACGUGCACCGCCACAAACACUCUGGGAAGAUACAGAAUAGAGUUCAUCGUCAAUGGUGGGACAGUGUCAGCUGACAGUUGCUCGCUAGAGAUAUCUCCCUCCAGAGUAGUGGUGAAGUUUGGGGAUCCGGUGUCGGUCAGCUGUGUGGCCUCUCGUCCGGUGCGCGUGCUGGGAUGGGAAUCGAUCAUUGCCGCAUCGCACACUCAGAAUGACCUCAGCGUUCAGUGGCGGGUGGACAGUUUGACUGACUGGAUUGAGGAGCCAAUCUGCUAUGGUGUUUUUUUCACCGCUCCCAGACAGUGUGAGGAAAAACUCAACCUCGUUCUAUACAAGAAACCAGACAGUGUUUCCAUAAGUUUAGUGAAUCACAGCAGUCCAGUGGUGGAAGGAAGAGAGUACCAGCUGCAGUGUGAGGUGCAGAACGUCGCACCUGUCCAGUACCUCGUUUUACGGUGGUACAAAGGAAAAAAUGAGGUUUACAACCACUCGUUCUCAGAGUUAUCCCCUGCAACACCAGUCCAGGUGUCCUCUAUCUUGCUGAUUGUCCCAAACAGAGCCGAUAAUGCAGCUCAGUACAGGUGUGAAGCACAGCUGGAACUUGGAGCAGAAGGACCUCAACCUCCUCCAACAGUUCAGUCUGAAGUUCUCAACAUUGCAGUUCAAUACCCACCGGACUUCCGCAGUCCAGGGGAAGAGAUACUGGACAUCAGUGAGGAUAGUGAAACAGCGCUGGAUUGUACUGCGGAGGGUAACCCACCUCCUGUGUAUGUUUGGACCUCCUCAAACCUUCAGGAGAAGGCUGAUAAUCAGCCGGUUUUGAGAGCUGCAUCUUUGAGCCCAGGGGUAUAUACAUGCACUGCGUCCAAUAUCCUGGGGAAAAAGAGCAAACAGUUUGUCAUCAAGCACAAAUCCAAAGGUGUUUAAGUCCAGAGACCUUGAGAAAGAACCGAAGACUUACAGUUCUAGAUGGAACGUUAAGGACUUUCCGGACGUGGGCUCGGCUCUUUGUUACAUUUUAGAUGAAUUUUUAGAGGGCUCUCUUUUCAGGGGUUAUGAUUUGUUAAAUAUGAGAGUCAAACCUACAUAUGUGUCAAAUCUAUCCUAGUAAGCUUUAUUAAUAUUGUGCGUGUGGUCACUUUAACAGAGCAUUUUUAUGUUUCAUGACACACUGCGAUAGCUCUGACAUUGACAUCAAUGUUUUUGUAGAUAUUUACUCACCCAAUAAUUAUAACAAUAAUAAAUUAAUGAAUAUAGUACAAAAGAUAAA